UCUCUUCGUGGGCGAAUUGUCGGCGGAGGUCACGUCCACCCGGACCAUAGGCUCGUGACCCUGUUUGACCAUUACGAGCCUUUCACGACCGACCCGGAAGACGUGACACUCGAAGAGGAGGAGGAGGUUGAUGCCUUCCUCGACGCCGUCGUCGCCACCGACGUCAUGCAAUCUGCACACCGAUUCCUAGCGGAGAAGUUUCGAGUUCCCGAGUCGCCGGAAAAUCUGAAAUCGGCGGAACGAACAGACGGGAAUUUGUCGGCGAAUCGAACGAGGCAAGCCACGUCAAGUCACGCUGUCACCGAUGACCGUCACGAAGCGAUCGAAACGAAACCAACCGAUUCGGGCGGACUGAUCCAGAACGACGAGACCGCCCUCGAGGAACGACUGAAGGAGAUUCCGUUCGACAGAUACCCAAGAGACGAAGACGACACCGCCGGAUCCAGAGGAUUCGAGCACGUCUUCAUGGGGGAACCGAAGCAGAACUCGGUCGUUGGAUUCCACGGAUGGCUCCGGUUCUACCAACAAGAACGAGUCGGCAACGUGAACUAUCACGGACAGAUCGCCAGCUGGAACUUCACCGACAAGGGAAUCCUCCUGGCGAGCUCGUUCGAAUGGGACGGCUACCGGAAGCCCAAGAGCACCUUCUUCAUCGGCGCCAGUCCCGAACUGGAGAUGGCCCUCUUCACGGUCUGCUUCGUCGCACGGCCCGAUUCCCUCUGUCCCGUCAGACUGGUCGGGGAGGUUCUCCGCGUCCAGACGCGUGCGAUCGAGUACCAAGGGGGAAGGCACGUGGCGACUGCGUAUUUUGUGAUCCCAGGCUCGUCGUAA